AGAUUUGGCCUCAAGGCUUCUAUCAAUCGAUAGGGGAACAAAAGAUGGCGGCGGAUCUGGUGUGAGGGGAGAGAUUGAGCACCACUCUUGUGGAGCGGCUUGCGAGUGUGCACCUGAAAAUAGUAUCCUGGAUACAUAAGGUGUUCGUCUGUGCUCAGAGUGCUGGUGACCCUAGUGGAGAUAAAUCAUUUCAGCGCCCAGCGGUGAUGGAGUUCCACCGACACAGCCAGUAUAUCCUAGAGCAGUUCAACCAGCAGCGAGAGAUGGGGCUGCUGUGUGACUGCACCUUCAUGGUGGACGGAGUGGUUUUCAAGGCGCACAAGGCGGUGCUGGCGGCCUGCAGCCAGUACUUCAGGAUGCUGUUUAUGGAGCACAAGGAAGUGGUGGACCUGGACAUCAGCAGCUCAGAAGGUCUUGGCAUAGUGCUGGACUUCAUGUACACUGGCAGAUUGAACCUAACCAGUGAAACAGUGGACAGCGUGCUUGCAGUCGCUGGUUUCUUACAGAUGCAGGCCGUCACAGUCAGCUGCAGGGUUUUCAAAUCCCCCCAAAAAACAGGAGCAGACAGUGUGCAUACUGGUGCUCAGAACACAAACAGGAUCAAGUCUCAAGCCAAAAAAACGAAUGCUCCAAUGCGAGCGGGUAAGGUCUUGACAUGGGAAGUGCAGCCGCUGUCCGCAGGAGAGACACCAGAGAGUGUGGGGACAGGGACAGGUCCAACUGGAAGAUUAACAUUGCGGCUCAAACAGGAAGAAGGACAGUCCACGGAGGAGCCAGCAGGCAUGGAGGUGGAGCUGGAGGACUCUGAGAGCGAGAAGACGGAAGACGAGGAGUCGGAGAUUCAAGUUGAGAUUAAGGACGAAGACGAAGAGGCGAUUGUAUAUGUGGAUGAUGUAAGCGAUGUUGAUUACACACCAGGUAACUCGGUGAAUGAUGCUGUCUCUAAGUCUUAUGAGGUGCGGUGGCAGGGUGGCACAAAGUCCCGCAGGAGAGACAGCCCUGCAGGAGAUGACGGGAACCAGACAAAUAGAAAAGAGGUGGAUAUAAGCUCAGAUCCCACGGACCAGGUUACAGCAAACAGGAGAGCCCACAAACGAAGGCAGCAGUGGAACCACAGCAAGCGCAGCAAGCAUCGGAAAAGCGGGACUGUCGCGCACACCUGUGAGUUAUCACUAAUGGAGCAAAAACAGUCAUCAUUCAUCUCUGGCGGAUGUGAGGACCCUUCUGUCAACGGGACAGUGCCCCACACAUCUGGACAAGAGGAAAAGAAAGUCUCUGAGGAAGUACGCCAAAAACUUCAGAGUUGAAGACACAGAUCUUUUUUACUCUAACCCGAAGACCAACAAGCUGAGAAAAGUUGUCUUCACUGAAGAAGAGAAGGAGGCAAUCUUCCACGACUGCCAUGGUUCACCCCACGGAACGCACAAGGGAAGGACCAAGACUGCAGAAAAAAUAUCCUCCAAAUAUUACUGGCAGAGCAUGAUGGGAUUUAUUGUAUCACGGAUAAAAGGGUGUGGCAAGUGUCACCAUAAGAAGAAAAUCAAGACAGUGCCCCAGAGAUGACACCCAUCGUCACAACAGAAGCCUGGGAGAUCCUCGGUGUUGAUCUGGAAAAUGGAGCCGAGGUGUACAAACCCCCGGCUGACAACAUAAUGCAGAGUCCGGAUAUCAGAGAGGUGUCCCUCGUGACCUUCCCUGACCCCAUAUCCCAGCAGGGUCACAUGGACAGAGAAGCCCCCAGAGAGCUGAUUGCAAACUGCAGACGGAAAGCACUACCGCUGGAAGAGAGGGUGAAGGUCAUAAAGAUGUAUGAGGCAGGGAGAAGCUGCAGAAGAAUCGCACGGGAGUUUAAUGUGGGGAAAACCCAGAUUACUAAUAUCGUUAAGAUAAAGGAUUCCAUCUUGAAAGACUUCCAGAGUGGCCACCCGCAGACCAGAAAAAGAAAAAAUAGGGGAACGACAACACAGGAUGGAAUGAAUUCCUUUCCAUUACAUGAAAUGAGACCUGUGGGAUUGAAACCAAGAGCGACCAGAAAAACACUAACUGUGGCAGAGAGGUUGAGAGCCAUUCAGAUAUACGAGGAGGGAAGAAGCCCUCUACAGAUCACGAAGGAGUUUGAUGUGGGGAGGACCCAGGUUCAGAGGGUGAGGGAAUCUGUGCUGGAGGAUUUUGAGAUUCCGAUGCAUCCCUGCAUAGUGGUGAAGCAGAAGACAAUGGAGAAACUUACCUUUGAAUGAAUGAAUCAGUGUGAAGAGAGUUUGAAGAAAAACAGACACCACCCUGGGAGAACUCGCAAUGCAAGAGAAGGUGAAAGCCAUUCAAAUGUACGAGGAGAAGAAAAGCUGCAGGAAAAUUGCACAGCAGCUCAAUGUAGGGAAAAGCCAGAUCCAGAAUGCCAUUAAAAAGAAGGACUAGAUCCUGGGCAUGUUUAAGAACUACUGGCACGGCAACAGAAAGCGACGCACGAGGAAAACAGAGUGGUGUCUGAACACCAUGGCGGGGAGGCGCCUCGUCACCAGAGCCAUGAUCAAGGAAAGGGCUCUGACGCUGGCUGAGGACUUGAACGUCAGGAGCUUUAAAGCCUCAAACGGAUGGAUGAAGUCAUUCCUGUUGCAGAACAACGUUGAGUUUUGAACUGGGUGGAACGGGCAAGUGCGUUUUCAUUUGCAAGUGAACUGUGACAUCAGGGCCUUAUCGAGCACUAUAUUCUGCAAUUUUGAAUACUGACUUUGGAUACAGUUUUAUCUUUUGCUAAAUUACAUUGCCUUUUACGUUUUACGUAGUUCUGUGCAUGGGUAACAUUUUUAUUUCAUUUUGUCGUUAAUGGGGAAUUUUACAUACUGCUGCAAUACAUACCGGAAUUAAAACUAUGUACUGUAUUGCAGUCCAUGUGUCCACAGUCAUCUCUUUUGGCAAUGUUUUCAGAAUCAUAUCGUUCUGAAAUAAAAUACUUCUGUUGAAAAUAUAGUACUGUAACCAACUACAGUACAUCUAAAUGGAAGCCUGUUUAUUUUGACACAGUCCUUUCAGCUAUGUAUUUGACGUUGUAUAUUUUUGUGUUGUAUAUAUAACUACACAGUAUUAGUGUACUGGUCAAUCAAAGACUCUAUUCCUGUGUUUUUUUAUUAUUUUUAUUUCACUGAUGAACCCUGCAAUGUAACACUCUUAAUAUGUAUUGUACACAAAUGUGUCAAAUCUCCUUGUUGCUUAUUUAAACCACUGCUCUAACCUCUAUGGAAGAAGCGCAUACCUAUAAUGCCAGCAUCCCUAUAUAUAUUCAGGUCAUCUG